CCUACUCCACGUAAACAUGUGUAGCCCCACCAUACACUUGAGCAUCGUGCCUUAGAUGGCCACUUGAGUUCCUAACAAUGUUACCUACAACUUGUCUCCGCGCCCCUCGAGUGUGGAGUGUCUUAUUCAAACGGCCUGUAAUUCGUCCUCGUUGGUUUAUUUCAGGAGUUCCCAGGAUGGUGUCCACGCUCCCCAACCUACCCGUGUUCCAAGCAAUUUCACGACAUGAUCCAAGUUCAACAGCCGUCAUUCAUUCGGAAUCAGGUCGGCGAUUUACAUACGGAGAGCUGCUUUCAGAUGUUGCCAAAGCCAAGGAUAGGCUGCACUCUCCGGAUGGGAAGGAGGCGCCUGAGGGCGAACGGAUAGCAUUCAUUAUAGAAAAUAGCUAUGAUUACGUAGUAACUCUACUGUCUAUUUUGAGUGUGCAUUGCAUUGCUCUGCCCCUGUCGCCAGCAUUUCCGCCUCGAGAAUUACAAUAUGUCAUGGACCAUAGCCAAGCAUCAAUGUUACUUGCUUCAAGCAAGUUCUACAAAAAGGCACAGGAUGUUGCUUUGCAAGGCCUCUCUUUGCAACCCCGCGUAAUUGAGGUGGAAAAGCUUCAAGGAGGCGAAAUUGGACGUGCCGAGGUCUCCUUGGACGGUCCUACCGAUGGCCCAGGAGGCAUAAUGCUUUACACCUCUGGAACCACUAGCAAACCCAAAGGUGUCUUCCUGGCACAGUCGGUGACCACUGCACAGGCACAAUCUCUCCUGCAAGCUUGGAAUUAUGCGCCCGAGGAUCAUCUACUCCACGUUCUUCCCCUUCAUCACAUCCAUGGUAUCAUCAAUGCUAUUCUAGCGCCGCUUUUCGCAGGUGCUACCAUAGAAUUCCUUUUUCCAUUCAAUGCUACUGCUGUCUGGAAGCGCCUUGGGGCUCCAUUCUUGGAAAACCCAAAGACCCCAGAAGAGAUCACGUUUUUAACAGCAGUUCCGACAGUUUAUAACAGACUUCUUUCUUCCUAUAAAGACCUUCCGGAAAGCCUUCAAACUGCGACGAAAAAGGCAAUAUCCCCUAAAACCAUGCGCCUAGCUAUUUCAGGCUCGGCUGCCCUUCCGACUCCUACUAAAAAGGCUUGGGCCGAGUUAAGUGAUGGGAAUGUACUGUUAGAGAGAUAUGGAAUGACAGAAGUUGGAAUGGCCCUUAGCUGUGGCCUCAAAUUUUCAGACCGAGUUGAUGGCAGCGCUGGAUGGCCUCUUCCGUCUGUCGAGGUGCGCUUACUUGAUACGGAGACAAACACUGUUAUUGAACCUGGGCAAGAGAAGGAUGAGGCAGGAAAGGAGAGAGAUGGUGAAAUCCAACUUCGAGGGCCAACCGUUUUCUCAGGAUAUUGGCAUAAUGACCAGGCUACGAAAGAAGCAUUCGUAGAUGGAACGGAUGAUAAAGGGCCUUGGUUCAAGACAGGUGACAUUGCAGUCCGAAGACAUGUCCCAGAAGCGGGCCAUGGGGAGCAAGCCUGGGCCAAGGGGCCUAUGUACUUCAUCAGGGGCCGCAGAAGUGCGGACAUUAUCAAGACAGGUGGAGAAAAAGUCAGUGCCUUGGAAGUUGAGAGAGAGCUCCUCUCGCUUCCAGAGGUGGCUGAAGCUGCUGUGGUCGGGGUUCCUUCGGCAAAAUGGGGCCAAAAAGUUGGCGCUGUGAUUGUUUUAGAGCAACAUAGACUAAGUAAAGAUGGCAAGAAAUGGGGCCCAAUGGACAUGAGAAGAGCCUUGCGGGACAGGUUGGCAAAUUACAAGAUACCUCAGACGAUGAAGAUUGUUGACGAGAUACCGAAAAAUGCUAUGGGCAAAAUCAACAAAGCACAGCUAGUGGGAAAUGUAUUUUCCGAUGAAGCUAGCGGCGAUGAGGUGUAGCGGUUAUAGUAGAUGGAUUAUUCUAUCUGAGCAUUGUAUCCACAGCAAAUAAUGUAAUAGUGACCAUGCACCAUGGAGACGCGCAUCAAGCUUGUGUCAUCGCUAAAAAAAAAAAAGGCAAACCCGCUUGGCUCUAACG